AUGCUGAAUUUGUUACUCUUUCAAACUAGCAGGAAGCGACAUCGAUCUCGGUCGCGUAGUAAAGAGCGUAAGAGACGUUCAAGAAGUAGAGAGAGAAAGAGUAGACGUAGUCGUAGUAGAAGUCAUGAACGCAAACGCCAUCAUCGACAUAAACAUCGCGAGAAAGACAAGAAAAGAAGAUCAAAAAGUCGUGAGAGGAAAACUCGAAAGCGAAGUAGAAGUAGCAGCUCUAGCAGUGGUAGUAGUAGUCACGAAUAUACAUCGAAAAGUAAGGAAAAGAAAAAUACCUUAGAACAAGAUGCUCUUGAAGAAGAAAUGAGAAAACGACGUGAAAGGGUAGAAGCUUGGCAACGAAUACGCAAAGUUCAACUGGAUGAACAAAAGAAAGUUACAACAGAAGAUGAUGAAGAGCAAAAAGGAAAAAAAUGGACAUUAGAAGAUGAUGACGAUGAUGAUGAGGCUUAUCACGAUUCAGAAAAUGAAGACGAUAUAAAAGAAGAGGAUGAUGAAGAUGAUAUCGAUCCAUUGGAUGCUUUCAUGGAAUCAAUAAAUUCGGAGGUUAGUGUAAUAAUGAUUAUAGAUAUGUUGCUGUUGGAAAUUGCAAGCAGUAAACGUUUCAUCACUGUAACCGGAGUUGCAAAGAAAAAAACUGCAAAAGGUGAACUCAUGUCGAAUGAUCAAGAUGCUAUGGAAUAUUCAUCUGAAGAAGACGAUCAAACACUUGAAGAUCUAAUGGAGAAGAAAAAGAAGGAUGUUAACAUUGUCGAUCAUAGUAAGAUAUAUUAUGCCCCUUUCAAAAGAAAUUUUUAUGUAGAAGUUCCAGAACUUGCUAAAAUGACUUCGGAAGAAGCCGAUGAUGUCCGCUUACAGCUUGAGAACAUAAAGGUCAGAGGAAAAGGAUGCCCUACGCCUGUAAAGAAUUGGGCUCAGUGCGGACUAAGUGUGAAACUCCUAGAUUCACUGAAAAGAGUCAAAUAUGAAAAACCGACGCCUGUCCAAGCUCAAGCUAUACCUUCAAUUAUGUCUGGAAGAGAUGUUAUAGGUAUUGCGAAAACCGGAAGUGGAAAAACAUUAGCAUUUCUAUUACCAAUGUUUCGUCAUAUCUUAGAUCAAAAUGCAUUAUCUCCCGGCGAUGGCCCAAUCGGUCUUAUUAUGACACCUACUCGGGAACUUGCUAUACAAAUAACUCGCGAAUGUCGUCGAUUUACGAAAGCCAUUGGCAUGCAUGUUGUAUGUGUUUAUGGCGGUACGGGAAUUAGUGAACAGAUUGCUGAGCUUAAACGUGGAGCUGAAAUCGUUGUAUGUACACCCGGGCGUAUGAUCGAUAUGCUACUGGCAAAUAAUGGACGCGUGACAAAUCUUAGACGUGUCACAUACCUCGUAUUAGAUGAAGCAGAUCGCAUGUUUGACAUGGGUUUUGAACCACAGGUAAUGAAAAUUGUGGAAAGUAUACGUCCUGAUAGGCAGACUGUAAUGUUUUCAGCAACAUUUCCGAGGCAAAUGGAAGCUCUUGCUCGAAAGAUGCUAACGAAACCUAUCGAAAUUGAAGUUGGCGGGCGCAGUAUAGUGUGUUCUGAUAUAGAGCAGCAUGUUGUAAUUAUUAAUGAAGAAGAUAAAUUCUUGAAACUAUUAGAAUUGCUAGGACUGUAUCAACCUUAUGGUUCAGUAUUAGUGUUUGUCGAAAAGCAAGAAUCGUCCGAUCAGCUAUUGAAAGAUUUAAUGAAAGCAUCAUAUCCUUGUUUAUCUCUUCAUGGAGGUAUGGAUCAAAGCGAUAGAGAUAGUACAAUUGUUGACUACAAGAAUGGUGUAAUUAAACUUUUAGUUGCUACAUCAGUUGCUGCUAGAGGGUUGGAUGUUAAAAAUUUAAUUUUAGUUGUAAAUUACGAUUGUCCGAAUCAUUAUGAAGAUUACGUCCACCGUGCAGGGCGAACCGGAAGAGCUGGAAAUAAAGGAUACGCAUAUACACUAAUCACAGAAGAUCAAGGUAAAUAUGCAGGGGAUAUUAUACGCGCUUUGGAGUUGUCAAAGAAUUCUAUUCCAGAGAGCCUAGAAAAGUUAUGGAGCGACUAUAAAGAAGAAUUGAAAGCACAGGGAAAGCAUAUUGCGAAAAAUCGUGGAUUCUCAGGGAAAGGAUUUAAAUUUGAUGAAGCGGAGAGGGCACAAAUGAAUGAAUUUAAGAAGCAGCAGAAGAAACUACUUGGACUUGAAGACUCAGAUGAAGAAGAUGACGACGAAGUGGAGGUUGAUCAACAAAUUGACGAGAUUUUUAAUUCGACUGGAGGAAUUAAAGAAACAGUAUCUUCCGGCUUAAUUUCGGCACUUUCUUCAAAUUCUUCGGAAACAACUGCUUCGCAAGCAUCAAAAUUGGCUAAAGCUGCUGAAAGUGCUGCUCAAAUAUUGGCUAAAAAGAAUAUUGGAAAGAAUUUGGAUGCUACGCAACGAGCAGCUGCCAGGGUGCUGAAAGGUGAAGCAGUUACUGCUAUUUCGGGAUUCAGCAAAGCGAAUUUGGUUGCCGAGCGUAUUAACGCCCGCCUAAACUAUAUAGCGCCUGAAAAAGAAGAAGAGGAGUCAGCGGACACUCAAGCUACGGGAAGUAAUGAAGUAACACGUUAUAGCGAGGAAUUACCAAUCAAUGACUUUCCGCAAAAUGCAAGAUGGAAAAUCACUUCCAAGGACACAAUUUCUGAUAUUACAGAAUUAUCUGAAUGUUCAAUUACAGUUCGGGGAACAUACUUUCCACCAGGUAAAGAACCUGGUGAAGGCCAAAGGAAAAUUUAUUUGUAUCUUGAAGGUCCUAACGAACGUUCUGUUCAAAUUGCAACAGCUGAAAUUAAACGGAUACUGAAAGAAGAGAUUUUGAAAGCGGUAAAUAUUGCCGAUAAUCGUAUUGUAUUUAUUUUACCUUGUAUAGCCUUAAUAAUAUCCAUUUAA